AUGGAGCUCCAGGGCGGCUGGUUUCUCUCUCGGUUUCCCGGGGCAACGGGAGGCUUCGGCUUCUGUGCAUUUGCAGGGGGGAGCUCCCAGAUGUCCUUUGAGGAGGUAGCCUUGUUCUUCACAGAGGAGGAAUGGGCUCUCCUGGAUCCGGACCAAAGAAAGCUCUACUGGGAAGUGAUGCAGGAAAACUACGAGACCCUGGUGUCUCUGGCUGCUGAUGUGAGGGAAAUAACAAGAGAGAAGGAACAAGGAAGGGCAAUUGUGGGGGAAAAUGAAGAUCGAGAAGCAAAACCAGGGGAUCAAGUCGUACCAAAGAAGUGGCAAAGCAGCAAAAGGGAAUCAAAACAGAACCAGAGGAAGAAAUUGCUUGCCCAUCAAAGCAGGAAGAUACCUGAGGUCCCAGGCCACAGUGAAAUGCAAAAGAAAAAGAGAAAGCAUAAGGGUCCCAUGAACAUCAAAGCAUUGAGACGCAAACUCAAAAUAUCUCAGAACAUUUCAACAUGCUGGAAAACAUAUAAAUGCUUGGAAUUCGGAAAGACCUUUUUUCAGAAGAGCAAGUUGAUUAAAAAUCAGAGGAUGCACACGGGGGAGAAGCUAUAUAAAUGCUUCGAGUGUGGGAAGAACUUCUCUCUGAAUAGUGACCUAACUAAACAUCAAAAGUUGGAGUGUGGGAAGAGCUUCGUUCAGAAAGUUACCCUAACUAGACAUCAAAAGACUCACACAGGGGAGAAGCUGUAUAAAUGUUUGGAAUGUGGGAAGAGCUUCUCUCGGAAAUAUACCUUAACUUGCCAUCAAAAGGUUCACUCAGGGGAGAAGCCAUAUAAAUGCUUGGAGUGUGGAAAGAGCUUUUCUAUGAAUAGUAACCUUACUGGCCAUCAAAAGAUUCACAGAGGAGAGAAGCCACAUAAAUGCCUGGAGUGUGGGAAGAGAUUCUCUAUGAAUACUCACCUAACUAGACAUCAAAAGGUUCAGGAGGAGGAGGCAAGGGGGCUGUCAAGACAUGCUGUCCCCGAGGAGCCUCGAUCACAAGAGACCUGGAGGGGGGAAGGGGGAUGCCGACCCCGCUCUGCCAGCUUGGAAGCUUUGGGAAUGGAGGACUAUUACAAGGUCAUGGAGGUGAACUGA